AUGUUGGACUACGAAUGGGGAAACCCGUCUUCCAUAAUGCUAACCGGAAACGAGGAGACCGCCACCGGAGCUUCCGACCAAGCCCACCGUCAAAUCUUCGACCACUACGCCUCCCACUCGCUCCUCCCCGACCACUUUCUUCACGCGCCAACACACUCCGCCGCUACCACCGCAGCGGCCGCCACCGUCGACUUCACCCACCACCACCACCACCACUUCAACCCGCAACCACACCACAUGAACCACCACCACCACCCCUUCUUCGACCCACGCGCCUUCCACGGCGCGUCGUCCACCUCCUACCCCCCACCCCCUUCCAUGCUCUCCCUUGACCCGCUGCCCCACGUCAACGCGGCCAACUGCGGGCCUGGGCUCGGACCAGGCCCGGGCGGACUCCUCCUUGUCCCCAAGUCUGAGGACGUCGGCCGGCCCAUGGAUGUCGGCUCACGAAUUGGCCUCAACCUCGGAGGACGAACUUACUUCUCCUCCUCCGAAGAUGACUUCGUGAGCCGACUCUACCGUCGGUCUCGCCCAGCCGAACCGGGUUCGACGGCUUCGUCCAACUCGCCGCGGUGUCAGGCGGAGGGAUGCAAUGCUGAUCUGUCUCAGGCGAAGCACUACCACCGCCGCCACAAGGUGUGCGAGUUCCACUCCAAAGCCGCCACCGUCAUCGCAGCCGGGUUGACUCAGCGGUUCUGCCAGCAAUGCAGCAGGUUCCAUCUUCUUUCUGAGUUCGAUAACGGAAAACGUAGCUGCAGGAAGAGAUUGGCAGAUCACAAUCGCCGCAGAAGAAAAACUCAGCAACCAACUCAAGAAAUUCAGAAAUCUCAACCCUCUUUGGAUAACGUUGCAAGAUCUCCACCUGACUCCGGAGCUCAGUUGUCGUCGGUGACGGUAGCAGUGUCGCCGCCGGACUAUUUCCGGCAGAGGCCGUAUCAAAGCACAAACCCUUCUACAAAUUCAAGCUCACUGUUUUUCUCUAGCGGGUAG